UCGAAAAAAAUUUUUUUAAAGGUUGUCGAGUUUACUUACUAUGGUUGGAAUUAUUACAGUUGGUGCUAAAAGUUCUGAAGAUUUGUUUAUUUUGCUUAUCCUUCUGCCUAUUGGACUUAUAAUUUGUUGUCUGGCGCUUAUUCCAAUUUAUUGUGACCAUUGUAAGGAUGCUAGGCAUUAUUGUAAUGUUUGUGAUACUUAUAUUGGCAAAUAUUUUCAUGACAGUCAAAGGCCUAUAAUUAUUAUACCGCCAGAAUUAUAUCAACAAAGAGCCAAUCAACAAAACAAUUAG